CUUACAUUCAUUCAGUUACUUCAUUCUCUUCUUUACAUUUCUAGUUUUCUUGUCAAAAAGUACUCUUUCUUGUCUUUCCCUCUCUUCUUCCUCUUCUUUACAACCAUGGCUACUCUCUCAUCCUAUCCAUCUCCUUCCUCUUCUUCACACCCCGCAGAAGCCCUUCUCAUUCGAGCACGGCAACUCUCAAACAAUGCUUAUAGCCGCUCUGUGCCCACAGCAUUCGCAGAAGGAGAAGAUAUCAACCUUUCCUCUCUUCCAUCCCCUACAUCAGCCUCUCGAACCUCUGCUACCCUUCAUCAACUCCACCACACCUCUUUUAACGAUCUUGUCCGUGAUCAUUCACGGAGGCGGUCAUCCAUUCAACGUCUCUCCUCAUCAACCUCUACAGCACCAACAACUGAAGCUAGAACCAACAGCACAUCCUCUUCUUUUUCCUCGAUAACAACAUCACAAACAAUCCACCAGAGCGAACAUCACGAACAACAAUCAAAACAGAAAAACAUCAGCGAGCCCUAUUUGUCACCGGAUGAACUUCCUCCCUCUCACGGCAGGGACAACAACAAUGAGCACAUCGAUAACAAUGACAAACUUACACAAACUUUUUGUGCCACCUCUUUGCAUCAACCAAAUCAGAAAGAGCCACAGCGACAUUCUCUCACGAUCGACACUCGACCCAGGGCGUUGACAACAGAAUCAAUCCAGGAAAAGCAAGAAAACAUCAGAACUUGUGCGACUUUCGACAACACCGGUUUUCCCCACUCAGGGUUUUCAACGAAAUCGAGCAUACAACGCAGACAUCACAGUGAAAACGGUACCGAAAGAAGUGGACGACUCGUCCUAGAUAUUUUAAAAGCGCUUCGUGACAGUGAUCAGCUAAUUUCUGCAUCUCCACCCAUCUCAGUGGCCCAAUCCGUAUCGUCCUCCACAAACAUUUCUAAGCCUAUCCCGGCUACAGCAGGGUCCUCAUCACCGUCAGAGUCUACAUCUCAGUAUGCAUCUGUUACUACUUCUGCUGCUACUGCUGAUUUGCUGCAGACCUCUCAAAAUUCACCAAUUACGCAAAGAGCAAGAGCCGAGUCUAUGCCAAUUGUCCCUUCACCCGUGGCAACCCCUCGGCCGCUAUCUACACAAUUAAACCGGGCCAGUCCCAGUCCGUCAGCUGCACCGAGCGCAGCUUCCUUAUCUGGACCCGCGUCGGAUUAUGUGCGCCGCAACAACCAUAGUGAAAGCAUCGACAAUCAGGAAGAUACUCGCUCUACUCAGAGCAAUGUUAGUGGUAAGGACACCUCAGUCUCUACUGGCAGCGGUAACAGCAGCGGCAACACCACAGGCAGCGAAUCCAUCUCACAAAGCCCAGUCUCCAUGUCCCCUGAUAUGGUCCUUCCACCGGCCACUGUUACUGCAAGCAAGAGCUCCAAGAGGUCUUCCAAACUAUUUGGAAAACUGGUGCCAAGGUUUUUACAGACAUCUUCUUUGGGUCCCGCUGGCGGGUCGUCUUCUUCUAAAUCGGCCUUCCCUGUAUCAUCAUCCCCACUCUCUGCUGCUUCGCCAACAACUCCAAUGCGUCCAAGUCGCUCUGCAUCUUUUGCAGGAGGCGCAUCGAGCCCAAUGGUUGCUACUAAGAAAAGUGCCGCACUCUCAACUUUACCCGCCGUGCAAGAGAAGAAAGCACCGCCAUCGCUCCCACUCCCAGACUCAAUACUUGAAUCAGAGAAAGAUUGGUUAGACGCUCUUGGAAAGGACAGCAAAAUGGAAAAUGACACGCCUUCAGAAUCAGGACUGACAACACCAUCAACCACCCCUUCCUCUACCUCUGCCUCAAGUACGACGUCUGUGAAAGCUAAUACUACAAUUCUAGCAAGUGCCCUUGCUGCAUCCAGUUUCAGCAUGACUUCACCAAGCCUGUCAUCCCGUAAGACAUCCUAUUCCUCUUCUACAUCCAAGUCCACCCCAUUAACAACCCCUCUCAGCCCUGCUAGCCCUACUAGUCCCGCCAAAUUGGAAGUUUCAUUUGAUGAACUGGUUGAAAUCGAUGAGGGCGUAGAUGUGGGUAUUGAGCCAAAUUGUGCCCAAGAUAACCUUAAAAACAGCAGAUGUGAGGAUCAGAAUGUCAACCAAGAACCGAGCUCUCCUUACAUUAUUGACGAUGAUUGUGACGAUGACUUCUUCUUGAACUCGGUCUUGCGCAAAAAGAAUAGCCAAAACCAUGACCAACCCAAGACGCUUCCCAAACUCACAACCACUUGGUCUUCUGGAAGGACACUGUCUCUCUCCACUUCAUUUUCAUCCUCGUCACAAACAUCCUCUACAUCACCUUCACCCACUACCCCCAAAUUUAUCCAUCCAGGAUUGGACGAGAAACGAGCAAGAUUGAGUGAUGCAGUCAAAGAGUGGAGACGUUCUGCCAAUACAUCCUCUGGUUCGUUCAACUCGACAACAGCAUUCUAAGGCGAGCACUACUAAUGCAUUAUGCCGUAAUAUAGCUUGUAAUAACAUUAAAGUGACAUAAAUAUAUUCAACUAAUAAAGCAAAAAUAUUUUGGCAUUGUCUG